AUGGCCAGAACACGAGAAAGUUGCUACUCUAUCCAUGCAUCCGUCACAGUUAUUUCCCUUCCAGAGCCUGCUCGUGUUCUACAACGGGCUGAGACCGAGCUCCAUCACAGCACGAGAAAGUGGCAAGGCGACCAUUCCUCUUUCAACUCCAUGUUCUCGAGCGCUCCUCAUUGCGCCAUGCUCCUACGUGCAAUGAUUGUGAAGAAACUUCCUGUGUCGGAUGGAAUGUGUACCUGUAACCGGUUGAAGGUUGAGGUGAUGGGCAAAGUGAAGCACGGGGAUAUCCGCCGUAUGUCACAGCAAAAUCAAUCCCACAACGUUGAUGCUUUGGAGGAUCCAGCCAAUGAAGCAGGUCCAGGCAGUUCUGAAUCUGCGGAGGAGAUUGUCCGAGUGGAUACUAGUAGCCCUCAGUUCACGUUCAAGACUCAAGAUAGCAGGAUUAAUGCCAGAUAUCUCGAUGUCUUUCGUCGCCAUGUGUUUGGACACUUGAAAGAUGUUGUUUUCAGUGCGUCAAAGGCGCUAAGAGGAAAUGUCGGCUAUGCGCUUUCGUCAAUGCUCGGCAAAACGUCUGAUGAUAAAGAGGAAAUUACUGACCGAACAAAAAACCACCAACCCUGA